AUGAACGGCGUCUCGCGAUUUCUCAGCCGGCGUGACAAGCACGGCGAAAAGCGCGCCUCCAAACACGCAAAAUCAAAAGUACGCCCGUCCUCUUUCGCUUCUACUUGCUUGCUCGACUCCCCCGCCCCUGCGCCAUGCUGCACCGUCCGUCUGCCGUCGCCUCCCCGGACGAGCCCCCGGCGGCGACUGUCGGCUGGUGUUCAGACACUGUAUCAUAAGCUCCCAUUUGUAUUGUUGCAUUCUCUAGGCGACAGUCUUCUAUUACUGCACACUUCAGCGCCAGGUCGACCUCUUCACUCACCCACUACCAUUCAAGACCCUCUCACCCCCUCUUCUGACCAUAUGUCUCUCCAGUCUCAAGCCCAAGAUACUCCGCUCGAUCUCUACAGAAUAUUCACCAGCGAAGGGCCCAGGCCGCCCGCAAACGACCAUGCCGAGAAAAAAGUCAAGAUGCUGCUUACCCGGCUCCACGGUUCAGGCAUAACAAAAAUGGCAGAGGAACAAGCCGAACACGCCCUCGCUUGGUACCCGGAUGACCUCGACAAGGCCUACGAUCUCUUAGUCCUUGCCAACGAAUCGCUCGAGGGCGAACUGAAGGACUACAACCCCAACGUUCCCAUGCUGGGCGCCAUCAAUCGGAACAUGGUGACAUGCUAUCUAGAUGCGCUCCUCUUUGCCAUGUUUGCGCGUCUUGAUAGCUUUGAAGCCAUGUUGUAUGACAAUUUUGAGGAUGAGCCCCGGAAGAAACUGGCCGCUGUCUUGAGACUAUGGGUGAACCUGUUGCGCACAGGCCAGCUUAUCAGAGUCGACCUGACAAAGCAUCUUCAGGAUUCGCUCGCACGAUGUGGCUGGGAAGAUGCGGCGCAGGUGCGGCAGCAGGACGCAUCCGAAGCUUUUACAUUCAUCACAGGCGCACUUGAACUGCCACUCCUUACCCUAAAGAUGGACAUUUAUCAUACUGGGCGCGAAGAUAAAGAAGACGACCACAAGUUUGUAAACGAACGACUCCUGGAAGUUGCUAUCCCAGAACCAGAAGAAGGUCGUAUCGUUACGCUCGAGGACUGCUUAGAGACCUAUUUCAACAACAGAAUCGAAGUGAAGCGCUACCUGCAACGGCAAAACACGAUUGCCACCAUAAGAUCAACCAGGGAUGAAUUCACAGGCAAGGAUUCUGAGAAAAACGAGUCGAUACACAUCGAAACUGCAGAGAUGGACACGCCAAUGACUCCAAUUGUCUCAUCUCCCAUAUCGCUGGAGCCUACAACCCCUUUGGCACCAGUUCGACCUGAGCUAGAAGGCCGUCGCCGUGCUGAUAGCAUCUUCGGUAAGCGCUACUUGCGCCAGCCUCCUGAAGCCCAAACGUUCGACGAGAAGAAGCAUGUCGAGGAUAUGCUAGACAACAGCUCUGGCGGUCGACCCCGCUCAGCUUCUCUACUUAAGAAGGAGAUUCUCAUGCCAGCAUGGCAGUUUUUCAGUCUAAUUCCAUGGUACACGGACAACGUACCAAGGUCGGAUGCGCAGGUUGCAGCGCAUUUCUCUGCAAAACGCCCUGUUCUCGGAAUAUGUCUGAAGCGAUACACUAUGAACCCAAAUGGCACCCCAAAGCGCCUCGAUACAUAUAUCGACAUUCCACUUGACAUUGGCUUGCCCCAUUUCAUUUCCGACGAAAGAAUGAAAGAAGAGGGUCCAUUAUUCGGCAAUUUCAAGCUAGUGCUACAAUCGGUCGUCUGCCAUCGAGGUGUAUCAGUGGAUUCUGGUCAUUACGUUGCACUUGUUCGUGCCAAUGCUCGUGGGAGGCCUGGAACUGCUAAUUCCGAAUCUGACGAAGAAGAAGCGAAAUGGCUACGGUUCGACGAUCUUUCAAAUCAACGAGUCACCGAGGUCGACAUUGAGCAAGCUCUGCGCGAAGAGUCGCCGUAUCUCUUGUUCUACCAAGUACAACCUAUUGAUGAAGAACUGGCUUCCAGAGGUGAUCCCCCAACCUAUGCAGAGGCGCAGUCCAGAAUCCCGUCUGCAGAUCCAUCCCGUGAAACGCUGGCCUCUGUGCCCUCUACUACUGCAACAGACGUCGAUACUACUGGCGACUGGGAAAAGAUUAGCGUGCCUGAUGCGCAUACUGAACCAAAUCGCACGGACGAGCCAGCCAGUCGGAACAGCACUUCCAGUAAUUGGCGGACCAGCAUAACCAUUGACGACGGCGAAGGGAGCCUUCGUGGACGAACCCAACCGACAACCCCAGCUGAAGAUAAGACCGGCUUCCUAUCUGUUUCCCGACGCGGCUCACGUAUAUGGAUGUCCGGCGCUGGCAAAAGUCGGCCGGGUAGUCCAAGUGGCGAGAAUCGAUUGUCCAUUACUCUGUCGCGGCUGACAGGCCGGGGCAGCAAUAACAAGUUGAUCACGACAGAGGUUAUUAGUACUGGCGAUGAACCUAGUGUUGUAACUGACAAGGCCAUAAGCCCUGAGGGCAGCCAAAAAUCACCGUCUCCGGUCAAAGAGAAGAAAGAAUCUGGAAUUUCACGAAGCAAGAGCAAAAAAGAGAAGAAGGACCGGAUGAGGAGCAAGAGUAGAGAGCCUGGUGCGGUCCUGGACAAAGGUAAGUCAAAGGGAAAGAAUAGGCCGGAUCGCGAAUGCGUUGUAAUGUGA